AUAACACCACAGUGCGUGAACCUGAGUUUUCCUGCGUGUUAUGAGAGCGGACAGAAGGAUGACCUGCACGAAGCGGAUCUUCAGACCUCGGUCUCCGCUGCUCGGCGCGGCUCUCGGCUCCUGCAGACGUUUCCACGCAGAAACAGUGAGGCUUGAAUCCAGAGGACUCCCCAUAAUCCACCACAGGAAGUAUGUGUGUGAGCUUCCUCCCAACCACAGGUUUCCCAUGGAAAAGUUCCCCAGAGUUUUACACUUUUUGCUCCAAGAUCAUGUUAUUACUGAGAAACAGGUGUGGGUCCCUCAGAUUGCCUCGACAGAUUUACUGCGCUGCGUUCACACCGAGGAGUACCUGAACGAUUUCAUACACGGGAAAAUAAAUGAGCGUGAGCAGAGGAGGACCGGAUUUCCCUGGAGCGAAGGCAUCGUGAGACGCUGUCGAUAUGAGACGGGAGGGACGCUCCUCGCCGCUCAGGUCGCUCUGCAGAGGGGGCUGGCCUGCAGCACGGCAGGAGGAACACAUCAUGCUUUCCCCAGCUACGGUUCGGGGUUUUGUCUCCUCAAUGACCUGGCGGUAGCAGCAAAACACACACUGGACAGCUCCUCGGCUCAGAGGAAGGUGCUGAUUGUGGAUCUGGACGUGCAUCAGGGCGACGGCACCGCUUUCAUCUUUAAAGAGGAGCCGUCGGUCUUCACGUUCUCGGUGCAUUGUGGGAAAAACUUCCCCCUCCGUAAACAACACAGUGACCUGGACGUCAGCGUGGAGGACGGACUGGAGGACAGAGAGUACCUCGCCACCGUGGAGGCCCACCUGCCCUGGCUGCUGGACAGCUUCCGCCCCGACCUGGUCCUGUACGACGCCGGCGUCGACCCCCACUGGGAGGACGAGCUCGGGAGGCUCCAACUGACCGACCACGGGCUUUACCAGCGGGACCUGUAUGUGAUGAAAACCGUGGUGAGCAGAGGCGUCCCUCUGGCUGCGGUUAUUGGGGGAGGAUACUCCAGAGACAUCGACAAGCUGGCCCUCAGACACUCCAUCGUCCAUAGAGCGGCAGCUCAGGUUUGGAGGGAAGCUGGAAUGUGACUUCUGUAAAUCCUCAGAGCUUUGCUGCGUGAUCUUCAUCUCUGAAGCCAAUUCCACCACUAGAAUAGAAAGACUCCUUUAAUCCCUGAGAGAAGUUCUUUAACUAGCGGAUGUGGUCGCCAUGCAAGAUGCCUCAUCCGCCCAGUGUGAGCAGUUUGAGUUUCAGUGUCUCAUCCAAGGACAUUUUUACAUGUGAAUAGGUCAAGUUGGAGAAUCGAACCUGCCGCAAUUGUUCUCGAAACCACUUUUUUUGUUGUAUUGGUCUUAUCUAAGUGUCCACAGUCUAUGGUCUCGGUCUCACAAUGUGUCAGACUGGCUGAGCGUCUCGAAGGGAAGCCAAGUUAAUGGUCAUGUCAGUCAACAGCACUCAAGAGUCAGUCCUUAAAUAGUGUAGAAGUAGCAGUCAUGCUAUUGCCACACAUAUUUGAUCUCAACAUUUAUCGUGAGUUCACACAGUAGACCUGCUCUGUCUCAGUGUUUUUGUUUCUGUAGUUGAAUACAAUCUCAUAUUUAUAGUAAGCAGCUGAACCCAACAUGGUGCUGAUGUUCUACAACUCUUGCAAGAUGGAAGAAAAAACUUUUUUUUUGAGGUCUUAGUCUUGACUACAAGUCGUUUCGGAUUUAAAAAUGACCACUCUACGAACUGACUACAUUCGCCUCCUGGUCACCGGUACCUUGGCUCCAUCUAGUGGCACAGAUGUGUGAUGACAAUCUAGUCGUCAAUUAUAGUACGACCCCAUUUUUGAGAAUACAAUUUCUGGAAAAAAAUAUCAUCCUAUAUUCGGGCCAGUAUGGUAUUAUCUGGUAUACACAGUGCAUUUCGACUGUUAAAUAUUAGAAUCUACCAGAGCCGGGAGAUGUUUUUAAAUAAACUACCUCUAAACUGAUGCUUUUAAUGCUCCACGUUCCCUCUACAAUAAUA